AUGGGCAUCUUGGAGCCAAGCUGCCGAGACAUGCUGACGGGCACCGACCCGAUGCCGGCGAGCGACGAGGGCCGGGCGCCAGGCGCCGACUCGCAGAACCGCUACUUCUACCCGGAGCCGGGCGCGCAGGACGCGGCCGACCGUCGCGUGGGCGCCAGCCUGGGGGCGCCCUACGCCGGGGGCGCCCUGGUGCCUGCCCCGCCGGGCCGCUUCCUCGGAGCCUACGCCUACCCGCCCCGACACCAGGCCACCGGCUUCCCCGGGGCGGGCGAGCCCUUCCCGCCGACGCCGGGCGCCGAGGGCUACCAGCCGGGGGAUGCCUACACCGCCCCGGACCCGCGCGCCACACUCUACCCGGGCCCGCGCGAGGACUGUGCGCUGCCGGCGGGGCUGGAGGUAUCUGGGAAGCUGAGAGUCGCGCUCAACAACCACCUGUUGUGGUCCAAGUUUAAUCAGCACCAGACGGAGAUGAUCAUCACCAAGCAGGGGCGGCGGAUGUUCCCAUUCCUCUCAUUUACUGUGGCUGGGCUGGAGCCCACCAGCCAUUACCGGAUAUUUGUGGACGUGGUCUUGGUGGACCAGCAUCACUGGCGGUAUCAGAGCGGCAAGUGGGUGCCGUGUGGAAAGGCUGGGGGCAACAUGCCAGGGAACCGCCUGUACGUCCACCCAGAUUCUCCCAACACUGGAGCCCACUGGAUGCGCCAGGAAGUUUCAUUUGGGAAACUAAAGCUCACGAACAACAAAGGGGCCUCCAACAAUGUGACCCAGAUGAUCGUGCUCCAGUCCCUCCAUAAGUACCAGCCCCGGCUGCACAUCGUUGAGGUCAGUGAUGGAGAGCCAGAGGCGGCCUGCGGCGCUUCCAACACACACAUCUUUACUUUCCAAGAAACCCAGUUCAUCGCCGUGACCGCCUACCAGAACGCCGAGAUUACUCAGCUGAAAAUUGAUAAUAACCCUUUUGCCAAAGGAUUCCGGGAGAACUUUGAGUCCAUGUAUGCAUCUGUUGACACCAGUGUCCUCUCCCCACCUGGACCCAACUGUCAGUUGCUUGGGGGAGACCACUACUCUCCUCUGCUCCCCAACCAGUAUCCCGUUCCCAGCUGUUUCUACCCCAACCUUCCCAGCCAGGCCAAGGAUGUGGUUCCCCAGCCUUACUGGCUGGGGGCCCCUCGGGACCACAGCUACGAGGCCGAGUUUCGAGCUGUCAGCAUGAAGCCUUCAUUCCUGCCCUCCGCCUCUGGGUCCGCUAUGUCCUACUAUCGAAGCCAGGAGGUCCUGGCGCCUGGAGCUGGCUGGCCUGUGACCCCCCAGUACCCUCCCAAGAUGGGCCCAACCAGCUGGUUCCGCUCCACGCGAACUCUGCCCAUGGAACCUGGCCCUGGAGCCUCAGAGGGGCGGGGGCCGGAAGACCAGGGCUCCCCGUCCUUGUGGACUGAGAUCACGCCCAUCCGGCCAGAGUCCAGCGACUCAGGACUGGGUGAAGGAGACUCUAAGAGGAGGCGUGUGUCCCCCUAUCCUUCUAGUGGCGAUAGCUCCUCCCCUGCGGGGGCCCCUUCUCCUUUUGAUAAGGAAACCGAAGGCCAGUUUUAUAACUAUUUUCCCAAUUGAGCAGUUGACAUGGUGAAAGGAGCAGAAAGAGUGUCAUCAGGUUGGUGACACCAACUAACGUAGCCCACAGACCCAGGACUGAGCCGUCCCCAGCUCCCUCUGUCCCAUCUCCUUCUGUAGCUGGUUGAGGAAGAGGGGGUCCAAGAAGGAUUCUGGGGUUCACUUGCUGCCUCCUGGCCCACAAUGAAACCUGCGAGGAGUGUUCUCUGCCCCUUCCUCUGUCCCAACUACACUCAUUAACCUGGUGCUGCU